UUUUAACAGUAAUAUCGGUUGUCUUUGGUUGAUAAUGGCCGCGGAAAAGUACAAGGAUAUUUCUUGGAAAAACUAUAAAAGUCUCCCGAAAGAGGAAAAAAUGGAGGCCUUUUGGUACUUCAUGCGAAAGGGAACAAGACCAAAGCACGAACUAGAAUAUGAUGAAAAGGAAUUAACUGAAGAGGGRAAAAAAGCUGAAGAUGAGAAGCAAUUGAAGAGGAGGAUGGAUUUGAAGAGGCGGCUAAAGGAGGAGAAAAAGAAGAAAGAGGAGAAAUCUAAGGAAAAGAAAAUAAAAUUGUGAAGACCUUAAAAGCAAACUCCCUUUUUUUGUGUUAUUACUGGCUGUAAUUUUACGUACAUUGUUCUUUGCAAAUCUUCCUUGUUUUCUUUAGGGGUACUUUGCUUAUAUUGUCAGGAUGGCAUCUUCUGUGAUGUUCCUCAAGCAUAUAUUUURCCUAAUAAUAAUAAAAUAAUAAAUUUUAUUUAUAUAGCCCA